AUGAAGCCUUCUUUGAGAUCUCUAACUGUGGCUACCGCACUAGCCACCACUGCUGUUAGUUCACCUGUAAAUGAUGAAAUUGCCAGUCCUGGUGCUGUUAAGUUUGAUUUCCACGGGUUAAUGCAUGUUGCCCGAACCCGGUCCGAAAAACUUGCAAGUGACUUCUCAACAUCAGUUGGUGAGAUAUUCGAUGAUAUAUUUGAUGGACCUGAUGAUAAAGUGAAGGCAGCCAGUCGUGCUGGUUCAGACUUUCUUCAAGACAAUACUUCCGUCGGUCCCGAAGUCAGUGCUGUUCCGUCUGCAGCUCCUGCUAACAUUGUAAAUAGUAAUGUUAGUCUUACGACCGGUUAUAAUUUCUACUUGACAAACAUUACUGUCGGGUCUCCCCCACAAGAUAUUGAAGUGGGUCUUGAUACUGGCUCUCCCUAUCUUUGGGUAUUUGGUCCUGAAACCUCGUACAACAAUGCCCCCAGGUUUUUCCCUAAUCAAUCGACCACUUUCCAUAGUUCAAACCAAAGUUUCACAGGACUUUAUGGAGCUGGUGGUGUAUUUGGCACUUGGGGCCAAGACAACAUUGGUAUCAAGGGCGCGGAAGUCAAUCAAUUUCCAUUCGGCGUAAUUAAUCAGUAUGACUUGGCUUCGGGAGUUCCUGGUUUACUAGGAGUUGGCCCGAACUCAAAUCUUACAAACGAGACUUAUGCAAACCUACCAGAGGCCCUGUAUAGACAGGGAGUUACAAAAUCUCCAGCAUUUUCUGUCUUUUUGGACUCUGGAUCUAGUGAUGGUUCUGUGAUUUUUGGAGGCGUUGACAAGGCCAAAUUUCAAGAACCAGUUUAUGUUUAUGACAUUGCUAAAACAGGCUCUGAGCCUACCUACUAUUAUCAAUUAGCACUGAGUAGCCUUGCCUUGAAUAAUGGUAGCUCUUACGAUGUAUUUGGCCCCGCUGUGCUGGACACCGGAUCGCCAUUUAGUCAACUGCCCCCUGGUUUCGUCAAUCAAGUUGGUCAAGGCCUCGGAUUUACAUAUUAUGACAAGUACCAAUGUUGGUACAAAGCUGCCAAUUACACUGGACCGAUACCCGAUGAAUCCAUCACUAUGACUUUUGGUCAGUUUAAUGUAGAAAUUCCCAUUGAGGAUCUCAUUAUUCCAGGCGAAUAUAUGUGGGCACAAGACGGCCCAGCUGGUGCCGAAAACGUCCAAGCACUGGGUCUCAUGGGUACUCGAAGUUAUCUUAUUGGUGACCAUCUUUUCAAACACGCAUAUGUUACGUUUAAUUCGCUAGCUGGUAAAAUAUACCUUGCUCAGGCUGUACCCAGCUCUUCAUCAGAUAUUGUAGAUCUGGUAGGAUCAGACUUUCCUGGUGCUGUGGCAGGAGUUAACAACGGCAGUUCUACUGAUCCUUACCAGUCAUUUACUUAUACAACAUUGACGCCAAUUGCUACACCAACCGCUUCAACUGGCAACAGCAACUCUAUUAUUACCAACUCUAUCAGCACCAUGGUCACCAGUGCUCCUCUCUUCUAUUCUGCCACUUAA